GCGUUUGAGGGGGCGGGGCUUCUGCCUCGAGGACCAAUCGUGUGUGGCGGCGCGCGGGAGCCGGGCCCAGCCUCUUAAAGGGGCCGCAGCGGGGUUGGGGCGGGGGAAGAAGAGGAAGAGGUGGAAGAAAGGGAGGAAGGGGAGGAGGCGGAAAAGGCGGAGGAGGCGUGGUGGGACUGCCGGGCCGGGACAUGGAGCAGCGCGAGGGGGGCUGAGCGGUUGCCAAGAUGCUGCAGGUCCCGCUGCCGCUGGAUCGGGACGGGAUCCUGUUCCGGCUGCGGUUCACCACGCUGGCCCUCGGCACUGUCUUCUGCCCCCUCUUUGGCUUCCUCUUCUGCGUCAUCUGGUCUCUGCUCUUCAACUUCCGUGAGACAACUGCGACCCACUGUGGGGUGCCCAACUACCUGCCGUCCAUCAGCGCGGCCAUCGGGGGCGAGACGCCGCAGCGCUACGUGUGGCGCCUGUGCAUCGGCCUGCACUCGGCCCCGCGCCUGCUGGUGGCCGUGGCCUACUGGAACCACUACCAGAGCUGCCACUGCCCCCACCCCCGCUACCUGCGCCUCUGCCACCUCACCCUGCUGCUCAACCUGCUCGAGAACUUCGCCCUCCUCAUCCUCACCUACGUCUCCUCCACCGAGAACUAUGCAAUCCACGAAAAUGCCUUCAUCGUGUUCAUCACGUCAGCCUUGGGCCACAUGCUGCUCACCUGCAUCCUCUGGAGAAUGACUAAGAAACACACAGUAAGUCCCGAGGAGCGCAAGUCGUACAAGUGGAAGCAGCUGCUCUUCUUCUUCACUUUCAUCACAUUUGCAUUUGCUGUGUGUGUUUACUUCCACCACAACUGGUACUGCGGCCCUGGAGUGUACACUAUCUUCGCCUUCCUGGAGUACCUGGUUGUCCUCUCCAACAUGGCCUUCCACAUGACUGCCUUCUGGGACUUUGGCAACAAGGAGCUGGUGGUGAGCUCGCUGCUGGAGGACAAGCACUUCUAGCCAGCCCACCCUGGGCUCCUCUUCCCUGUGCUGCCGGGGUGUUUGCUGUGGAGCUGCUGCCAGGAUCAUCCCAGGUCCCAGGAGUGUCUGUCCCUAGCUGCACCUGCAGCUUCUUCCAGGGGAGCAGUGGGCUCUUCCCAGGGACCCCUGUCCUGCCUCCCUGCCUGCUCCAGAGGGGCAGGACAGAGGAGGAGCAGGGACCUGGGGCUGUUGCUUUGGAGGAUGCUCCAGGAUGCAGCUCUCAGUGUCAAGGCAUGGGGGUCCAGCCCUGCCCUGUCCUUUCUUGGCCUGGGGGUCUCAUGGCUCCUCCUCCAGGAUGGGGGUCUUGGGCCAGUCCUCAAAAAGGGCUGGUGGCCUUUUGGGCUGGCUUCAGGCACUGGAGCAGGGCCCAUCUGUUCCUGAGUCCCCUGGAGGGAGCAGGAAGGUGCUGGGCUGUGCAGGGACUGCCCAGAGCAGGGUGGAGCACAAAGGGCAGAGCAGGUGCUGAGAGCAUUCACUCUCACUCCUGCCUUUCCCAGAAGCCCCCCCAGCAGCACAGGCUGCUCCAGGGGUGCUGUGCUCAUUCCAACCCAGUUUGGGGAGGAAGGGUGAGUGUGCUGGAGGUCUUUGUCCCAUGUUCCCCUGUGCCAUGGGGCUGGGAGCUGCUGGGGUUGAGCAGUGCCCCCCGUAUGCAGCUUUGGCUGCCAGGGCACAGGGGGCAUGGCUGGAUGGCAGCUGGGGGCUGGCAGUGUCCCCAAGCUCUUCCUGCAGUGCUGCUGGAAGGGGCACCUGGAGCUGUCUUGGUUCUGGGGAGGUCUGCACUUGCCAGGGCUCAUCCCACCCCACGCUUGGCCAGGAAGGAGCAGCCCUCCCUGCCCUUUGCCUGAGCACAGCCACCACCAAGAUCCCCUGGGCUGUCCCAGUGCUCAUCCAGGGCUGGGCAGAGCCUCCUGCAGCAGGAGCUGUGGGGCCCUGGCAGAGCUGGGGCUGAGCUGGCUGGAGCAGCUCCUGCUGCACGUGUCCAUCGUCAGUGUCCCCAUCGGGCUCCAUCCGUGUCCCUGCAUGCGUGUGAGGCUUUGAGGUGGAAAUAAAGCACUAAGUAUUUUUGUGA